GUUUUCGUCUCUUCCAUCCUGUUUUGCUCCUCUUUCCGGUCCGUGACUGGGGGCUUUCUGUGUAUGGUUAUUACGUCUGUCAUACGGAAUAAUCUGUGGAUUCCUUUUUCGUACAUUUCCGGGUUGCCGCCGUCUUGACAAUUCGUGCUUCACUGGUCGCCAUCGGGAGUUACUAUCUAUCUCCCCUUAAAAGUCCCGUCUCGAGACCUCGUGCAUAAAGCAUCCUAUCCCUUUCCCUUUCGUUUCGCUUUCCUCGGAGACGAGCCGCGUGACAUAAUAUAGAACAUAAUGGGGGGUCAAUCGAAGCCGGUGCGUCUUCCCCCCUGGGGGAGCGCUGUCGCAGGUGCUACUGGUGCGGUGCUUGCCAACGCUAUUGUAUAUCCAUUGGACAUAGUCAAAACAAAACUUCAAGUGCAAGUGAAGUCCAAGAGUACCGGACACAAUGAAGUCCAUUACGAAUCGACUUUGGAUGCCAUCAAUAAAAUCGUUGCGGAUGAGGGUGUUAAGGGUCUUUAUGCUGGGCUUCCCGGGGCUUUACUGGGAGUUGCAUCGACCAAUUUUGCAUACUUCUACUGGUACACAAUCGUGCGCGGCAUAUACAUGGCAUCAAAUCGGGUACCAAAACCUCCCGGGACUGCUGCUGAGCUCGGUCUUGGAGCCUUAGCGGGCGCUAUUGCUCAGGUUUUCACUAUUCCCGUUUCUGUUAUCACGACGAGGCAGCAGACUCAAGAGAAGAGUGAAAGAAAAGGCCUAUUUGCAACAGGCCGGGAGAUAGUAGACAGUGAAGACGGCUAUACCGGUCUGUGGAGAGGCCUCAAGGCUAGCUUAAUUCUUGUGGUCAAUCCAGCUAUUACAUAUGGAGCCUAUCAACGACUGAAGGACAUCCUUUUCUCUGGCAGAAACAACCUUAAGCCCUGGGAGGCUUUCAUCCUUGGUGCACUAUCAAAAGCUCUGGCAACAAUUGCAACGCAGCCUCUGAUUGUUGCCAAAGUCGGUCUUCAAUCCCGGCCUCCGCCAGACAGGGCAGGCAAACCAUUCAAGACCUUUGGCGAGGUUAUGCGGUAUAUCAUUGAUCGCGAAGGACCACUCGCUCUUUUCAAAGGCAUCGGCCCGCAGAUAACCAAGGGUCUUCUAGUACAAGGACUGCUUAUGAUGACGAAGGAAAGAAUGGAACUCAUCUUUAUCCUGCUCUUUGCAUACAUCCAGAAACUUAAGAGGGAGAAAUUCGGCAAGGCAGUGGAUGCUGCUGCCGAGAAGGCAAAGGCCAGCCUUCCGGCCACUUUGAAAUAAAGUACUCGAUCUGCUUCAUCUCCUUUACCUAUCAAUGGAACUAAAUCCCCCUCGCACUCCAUGCUCUGUAUUUUCGUCCUUUUUUGUUUUUGGCGCAAGCGAUUUGUUAGAUUUUCUCUCUAUUUUUGGCCUCUCCUGGGAACUGGCAUGUGCUAUAGGAUCUACGUGCACUUUGUUUAUAAUAAAGUGAUAGAAUUAUGACAUAUGAGCCAUUACGCACCCAUUCCUG